AGUUGUCUCUGUUUCUCCUUUUCAGUCCAAUUAGUUAUUUGAAAGAGUGCGGACGUGUCGCGCACUAAAUAUAAAAUAAAAAAAUAAUAGAAGCACUGCAAAUGCAUAUAAAAAGUAAACGCCGCAUUCGAUUAGUCAACAGUGCAAUUUAGGGUACAUACGUACUGCAACAAGCUAAAUAAGAACAAAUAAGUGCAAGAACAAAGUAAUUAAAUUUAUAUUUGUAAGGCAUUUGAAACGCAGCCAAAGAGUAUUUUUUAAAAGUGAACAGUGAGCGAAUAGAAAUCUGCCACCAACACAUAUUUUCACAUUCUCGCUUCCUAUACAGUUUCGUGCAUCGCGUGUGUGUUUGCGCGGCACUGUAAGCGUGUGUGAGUGUUUCGUUGUAUGUAAACGAAAGAUAAAGAGACUGCAAAAAUAUUCGCUGCUGUAUAAAAACUUUCGACUUCAGUGUUGUACAGUGUGUGAGUGUGUGCGAGUGCAAGGCACGUGAAUGUCGCAGAAACACCAUCAGUCCUAUCAACCGCUACCAACUGCCGCGGCUGCCAUGGACAAUCCGGCGAUGAGCAACAGCAGCAGCAGCAGUGGCAGCAACGAUGACGUUGCCGGUUCGGAGCCGCUCGGAUUACCUGCGACUUACUCGUCACAACAGCUCGUCACAUCCGAUUUUGAUUCAAUGGAGCGGCUGCGAGGCAACGAUCCUGAACCGCCUCCACGCUCCACAACAGCCAGCCAAUGGUUCACCGUCGGCGUCCUCUGCUUUGUCAAUCUCAUCAACUACAUGGAUCGCUUCACAAUCGCGGGCGUGCUAACCGAAGUACAGUCCGACUUCCAUAUAGACAACGAUGAGGGGGGAUUAUUGCAGACUGCAUUUGUUGUCUCCUACAUGGUAUUUGCACCCCUCUUCGGUUAUCUGGGAGAUCGGUAUUCCCGCCGUUGGCUAAUGGCUAUAGGCGUCGCGAUGUGGUCAACAACAACAUUACUGGGCUCAUAUAUGCACCAAUUCGGCUGGUUCCUCACAUUCCGGGCUCUAGUCGGCAUCGGGGAGGCAUCCUACAGCACCAUAGCCCCAACAAUAAUCUCGGAUCUGUUUGUGAACAGCAUGCGGUCCCAAAUGCUGGCCAUGUUCUACUUUGCUAUUCCUGUGGGCUCUGGAUUGGGCUACAUUGUUGGCUCAAAGACGGCGCAUUUGGCCAACAACUGGCGCUGGGCAUUGCGUGUGACGCCCAUAUUGGGCGUGAUCGCUGUGGUGCUUAUCUGCCUGAUCAAGGAUCCCAAGCGUGGUGCUAGCGAGGGUACACACAAUCUGGAGCCAACCACAUUCUGGACGGACAUCAAGGAGUUGGUCAAGAAUCGUUCCUUUAUGCUGUCUACGGCCGGUUUCACCUGUGUGGCAUUUGUGGCCGGAGCAUUGGCGUGGUGGGGACCCACCUACAUUCAUUUGGGCCUCAAGAUGCAACCUGGCAACGAGGACUUGAAGUUGGAUGACGUCUCAUUCAUAUUUGGGCUUAUUACCAUGUUCGCUGGUCUGCUGGGCGUGCCAUUGGGUUCAAUUCUAUCGCAGCGACUGAGGAAACGCUUCCCGACCUCCGAUCCCGUUAUAUGCGCUACUGGCCUGCUGCUUAGCGCUCCGCUUUUGACCGGCGCCUGUUUGCUCGUUUCUAGCCAAACCCAUCUGACAUAUACUUUAAUAUUUUUUGGUCAAUUAGCUUUAAACAUGAACUGGGCAAUUGUUGCGGACAUUUUGCUGUAUGUGGUGUUGCCCACUCGUCGCUCAACCGCCGAAGCCUUUCAAAUAUUAAUCUCACAUGCGCUGGGCGAUGCCGGAAGUCCGUAUCUGGUGGGAGCUAUAUCCGUUGCGAUUAAGGGUCAUCUUAGCGCGCAGCCGAAAAUGAUCAGCCAGCCGAGUUUACAGAGCAUGUCGCAAGUGUUGGAAAACGCAACGGAAGCUGUAACGGCAACACUCAGAGAUAUGCAGUUCACGCCCACAAAGAGCAGCUCGAGUGAUGUGAUUUCAUUUGAAGCGCUACAGUAUUCACUAUUCUCCACAACCUUUGUUGAAGUGCUGGGCGGCAUUUUCUUCCUGUGCACUGCUUGCUAUGUGAUCAAGGAUAGACGCAAGGCCACACAAGCAUCUAUGGUUAAAGAUUUGAAUUUGGCGCCAAGCGAUAACAAGACAGAUCUUUUUGAUUCGGAUUGCCUGGUCAUGUGCACCGAUAUUGCGCUGCGAGAGCGAGCGUGACAGCUUUAACCCAGGUCUAGAAGUCCUAGUUGUUGUAGCUAACUAUUUUGGCCAUACAUUUUUCGGUAGAAUCGAGCAAUCGGCAACAGAUUGCAAAUAGACCAGUAAGUGGCUAAUAUCAAGCGAUCCAAGAAGUUCUGCUGCGCACUCAUCGUGAAGUUCUUUUGGGUGAAAUGAUACUGACUGAGAAUCAUCUUUAAAAUAAUUUAUGAACACACAUCAUGCACAUACAAACAUUCAUAUAUAUAUACAUAUUGCUGCUGUACUAGAAGAAGACUGCAAUAACUUAGGAAACACGAAUCUUGUGUCUAAACACUCUUUUAGUAACUGUGAGCGAUAUGUAAUUCAAUAUCUACACUCUCUACAUACGUAUACACGUAUAUGUAUGAAUAUAUACAUAUAUAUAUAUAUAUGUAAUUUUACACAUGUAUUUCAUAUAUUGUCGUAUUGUUUUUUAAGACUCCUCCUAAAAAGCAUAAGAGAAAUAUAUUUCUAUAUAAGGAGGUCAUGGUUCCUAUCAAGAAAACUGAUAACGGCAGACUACGUAUAUGAAUAUGUACAUAUAGUUAUCGAAAUCGCGAGGAUCGCAAGUCAUAUUCAUCAAAUUUUACUCGUAUAAUUAGCUGUAGAUCCUAUUUAAUUUUACACUCAAAAUCAAAUUAAUCAAAUGAUUAGGGGACAACAUUUCAUACGUAAUUCUCGUUUAAUUUCUCCCUUAGACUUAAGUUGAAUCAAAUUUUGAAUAUAAUUAAAAGAACACCAUUUUUAUUGUACAUAGUUCGGCAUACAUUGGAAUUUGAGUUUGAAUUUAAUGAACUCUCUUGUUUAUCUCAGGCAUGAACGUAUGGAAUGUUUUAUGGGGUAUAUAACUUUGUAAAUAAAUAUUUAACACCCGGCCAUAAGUGUUAAGCGCGUAGUCUCUAUAAAUAGAUAUUAAUAUACAUAUAUAUACAUUAUACUUAUAUUAUUAAUAAUUUUAUUUGUAUCUGUAACCGUAGUUAGUGCGUUUAACAAAUUGGAAACAAAAAGAAAUUAAAGCAAUUUGAAAUAAAAAUAAUCACAUAUUA